AUGGCACAGAUGAAAUCCAUCGCAGUUGUCACAAGCGGCAGCGAUUCUCAAGGUAUGAACAGCGCUAUUCGCUCUAUCGUGCGAUAUGGGCUGAGAAGGAAUUGCAGAAUCUUCUUCGUUUACGAAGGUUACGAAGGGCUAAUCACCAAUAAAGUUGAAGAAGCUAAAUGGGAAUCUGUGUCAAAUGUCAUUCACAAAGGUGGUACUAUGAUUGGAGCAUCCCGGAGUGAAGGCUUCCGUAAGAGGGAGGAACGAAAGCAGGCACAGUUUAGAGGAUCAUUAGAGAUCAGUUGGAAAUAA